AUGGUUACCAUGAUGAUGUCUUACUCGGCACAACCAAACACGCAUUACGGAUACGGGCAACCCCAGGGACCACCCUCACCUCCUAUGGACGACACCUCCAAGUGCUCGCUGCCCUCCAUCUCAAAUCUGCUCGGAUUGGCCGACGGUGGAUCACCCACCUCAGAAACCUUCCAGGCUUCGCAGCAAGCACCAUCACCUGUCUCCGACUCUCGCCCAAACUCCUCUCACUACAAUGCUCCUGUCCGUUGUGGUGCUCUGCCACCAACCCCGCCCAUGUCAUCAGAUGCCUCCUUCGACGGGUAUCAGUCACCACCACCAACCAAGCCAGUGAGCCAGGUGCCGCAGAACUACUACUUCACCUCAGCACAUGCGAUGAGCCAUGUUGAGGCUUCUGAGGCCCAACGUCAGCAGAUGGUGCCUCGCAUCCCAGUUCAGUCUGCCUAUACCGGUCCCGCCUUUGUCUCGUCCUACAUCUCAAACCCAGGGAUCCCUUCUUACUACCCUACGAUGCAACCCACGCCUCCACCGCAGCCCCAGGUCUCAGGUCUCUUCUACCAGCGGCCCUUGCCUCAGAGUUUCCCUCCCAUGCCUCUCAGCGUCGCUGUGCCCUCGUCUGGGGCCAACCCAUGGCAGCACCACCACUACAUUUCGCCAACAUCGGCAGCCUCGUUCCCUCAGUCUCAAGAUCGCUAUAUCUGCCAGACCUGCAACAAGGCCUUCUCCCGUCCCAGCUCACUCCGCAUCCACAGCCACUCGCACACCGGCGAGAAGCCUUUCAAGUGUCCCCAUGCCGGGUGCGGCAAGGCCUUCAGUGUACGAAGCAACAUGAAGCGACACGAGCGCGGCUGCCACAACGUUGACGGCAGCAGCUCCGGCUCACCCCCGAUGUCUUGA